AGACGGUAGCAGGUGCCGGUAAGUAGGCAGUGAGGACAAAGCCACCCACCCACCAAGAGUCAGUCUCUCCCUCCUUCCCCUCGUGCGGUAGCCUCCAAAUCAUCCAACGUCCAAUCCACUUCCAACAAGAUACCGCCACCAUCCUCCGCCUGAUCCGACCUCUCUUCCAUCAGCGACAGCGACCUCGCAACCCCCGGCUCCAUCGACCAUCGGGCGAGGGAAUGGAGGAGGAGGGCGCGAGGAAGGCGGUGCUCUUCCGGCUGUUCGGCGUCGAGGUCCGCGGCGCGGAGGAGGAGGAUGACGCGGAGCCCAUGGAGCUCAAGAAGAGCACCAGCAUGCCCAACCUCGCCUGCGCCUCCAACAGCCCGCCGCUUCUCCUGCCCGGCGAGGCCAGCCACGACAAGGGCUACGCCUCCGACGACGGCGAGCUGGCGUCCACGCCGCAGCUCAAGCGCCGCCGCCGCAAGGCCCAGGAGCGCAAGAAAGGGAUUCCGUGGACCGAGGAGGAGCACAGGAAGUUCUUGGAGGGUCUGAAGCAGCUGGGCAAGGGGGACUGGAGAGGCAUCUCCAAGAACUUCGUCACCACCAGGACGGCCACGCAGGUGGCCAGCCACGCCCAGAAGUACUUCCUCCGGCAGACCAACCCCGGCAAGAAGAAGCGCCGGGCCAGCCUCUUCGACGUCGGCAUCCCCGCUGCCCACAGCUACGACGAUCAGCUGCCAAGUCCUCAGAGCGUUGGAACCAAGCUUGCUCCUGCUGAGAAGAUACUCCACACAGACCGCGGCGACGUGCCGCUACCAAGUUAUCCUGGAGGCAUCAGGGGCAGCAACAACAACAUGCAGAUGCAGGCUGAUGAGCUAACUGACCGUGUGAAGAAGAGAUCAAAGUUCCCCACCGGGACGUCGCUGGCCGCCAUGGCUGCCUCCGGGCUGGAGCUGGCAAUGUCUUCGUCUGCCAGCAGCAUCCUGGAGCUCAGCAUCGCGCCUCCUCGCUGCUACGGCGCGGUCGACGCCAUCAAGGUGCUGUGAUCGACCCCCGGCUGCCAGGCCUGGCCGAAGGGAUUGAUUUGAUCUGCACCACCAGCAGCUUAGCUUCAUGUGGCGCCCCUGUUCUCGUUGCCGUGCUAACCUUGUUGCCCGUCGAUCGUCCUAGUAGCUUUUUCAGCUAGUGUAUGGAGUAAAAUACAUAAGAAUUUGCUUGCUUUGGUACAAGUUGGUGAAGGGAAACCAGAGAGGAUAUGUGUAGUAGGUUUGUUUGUAAUGUAUGGUUACCAAAUUUAAUUAAUGUUAUCAGUGCUUGCACCGCA